ACAAACACUCCCCCUAUUAUUUUGGCAACAAUUUCUAGCUCACACCACCACUCAAUCUCCUACACUUGCGUGUAAUCCAUCAAUUCAUGUCACCCCCCUCUUGAUCAUCUCUCUCUCUCUCUCUCUCUCUCUCUCUCUCUCUCUCUCUCUCUCUCUUUUUCUAACCUUUAUAUGACUAAGCAUUGAUUAGUUUUCUUCCAUGCAUGCUUUCUUUUCUUGUGAUAAAUUAAGUUUUGUUGCACACCAACAACCAUAUCAAUUAAUCCAUGCAUGCACACCAUGCACGUACACACGCACCACAUUAUGAAAUGAGCCUCCUCUCCAUUGGCUCUCCUUUAACCAAAUGAGUCUUCGAGCAUGACGGCGGCGGCAGCGACGACGAUGAUAUCGGUGCCCGCGAGGGCUAUCGGCUUCGGCCUCCGAAAGGGAGGAGGAGGAGCUGCAGCGGCGGCGGCGGCGGCGGCGGCGGCGCCGAUGCGAGUGAAUUGUUGUAGUAGUGGUGGUGGUGAGCAUGGUGAUUAUGUUAAGGUGAGAGCAAUGGGGAGGGUGAAUGGGAGGAAGGUGGUCAAUGGGGUGGUGCAUGGGAGCGUAGAGGCUCCAUUGUAUGUGGGGAAGGGUGGUGGGGAGGGUGGAGAGGGAGAGGGAGGGGGGGGUGUGGCCAUGAAUGACGCAUUCAAGCUGGGGAAGUUUGUGGAGGAGAGGUUUGUGUACAGGCAGACAUUUGUGAUCAGGUCUUAUGAGAUUGGGCCUGACAAGACUGCCACCAUGGAGACCCUCAUGAAUCUCCUUCAGGAAACAGCCCUGAACCAUGUGAUGAGCUCCGGUCUGGCGAGCGACGGGUUCGGCGCGACGCAUCAGAUGAGCCUCAGGCAGCUCAUCUGGGUCGUCACUCGGAUCAACAUCCAGGUCGAAAAAUACAGCCGCUGGGGAGAUGUGAUUGAGAUUGAUACCUGGGUGGCGGCGUCCGGGAAGAACGGCAUGCGCCGCGACUGGAUCAUAAGAGACUACAACACCAAGAGAAUGAUAGCAAGUGCUACAAGCAACUGGGUAAUGAUGAACAGAGAAACAAGAAGGUUGUCUAAGAUACCUGAACAGGUGAGGGAAGAGGUGAGGCCAUUUUACUUGGACAGGACUGUGAUCUCCGACGUCGGCAGCGACCGAUCCAUCGACAAACUUACUGACGAAACCGCAGAAAAUAUCAGAUCAGGAUUAGCACCAAGAUGGAGUGACAUGGAUGUCAAUCAGCAUGUGAACAAUGUGAAGUACAUUGGAUGGAUCUUGGAGAGCGUGCCGCUGAACGUGUUGGAGGAAUACCACCUUACGAGCAUUACACUCGAAUACCGCCGCGAAUGCCGACAGUCGCAGCUCCUGGAGUCCCUGACCAGCAUGAUGCCGCGAGACAUAGAGCAGGACUACGCGAAUUCGUGCGAGGCCGACCUCGGCAGCACGCACCUGAUCCGGCUGCAGGAGGACAAGGCCGAGAUCGUGCGCGCGCGGGCGGAGUGGCGGUGCAAGGAGAAUAAUGCUUGAUGAUUCCAAAGAUUUGCUGCAUGACAAAUUCCUAAGUGCUUUUCUUUGAAUGCCCCUUUGGUUACUGUUCUAGCAAUUUAGCUUUUGUUAUCUCUCCUCAUGUUGAUCUUGUUCAUUUAUUCUUUGCUCUUUGGAGCUUGAAAUACUUGCACAUUUUGGCAGUUUGUGUUUCAUUA